GCGAAUAUAUAAAAUGCACUUAAUCAUCAUACUUGCCGUAUGCGGAACAUUAUAUGGAACGAUUAAAGCAGAGGGCAUAAAGGAGCUGCAGGCGAAAUUGAAUACGCUGGAGAAAGAGAAUGCAAAACUGAAGGCAGAGCAAGAGAAGCUCCAACAUCAAGUAGACGAAUAUGACAAAAAGCGAAAAGAAAUCGCAGAUCUAGAAAAGCAGACUGACGUUUGUCAGCCUAGUGGCAGAACAAAAGCAGUGAAUGCACAGAGUGACAAUGCCACGAUGAACAGCGUUGCUCUGCCCAAGUUCUUCAAUAAAAACCGUAAAAAGUUUCGAACGCCAGAGGGUCGCCGACACUUGGUUAAUUGCCUGAUCAACCUAUCCACUCCGUCCAGAUAUAGCUGUGUGCCAUACUUGCACUUUACGGGCGCCAAGACUAUAACGAUGCCCGGCGUAAAGCCAAUUCACGUUAGGUGCGACAGCGCAACAGCUGGUUCCGGCUGGCUGAUCAUUCAGCGCCGAGUCCAUGGAACCGAAAACUUCUAUAGGACUUGGGCGGAGUAUCGAGAUGGUUUCGGGAAACUAAAUGAAGACUCUUUUCUGGGAUUGGAGAAUAUAUAUAGACUAACCAACUAUCAGAGAUUCGAGCUGUUUGUGAAAGUCGUGAGCUUUAAAGGUAAAGUUAACUGGGCCCGUUACGGCGACUUCCUAAUUGGUAGCGAGGAUGAGUCGUACGUGCUGAAGAGUGUUGGCGAUUUUUCGGGCACUGAAGAUGUUCUAUCGAGAAAUGUGAACAGUAAGUUCUCCACCUACGACAGAGAGAGCAAUCCCAAAAAUCUAUCGCAAAAGUUUCAUGGCGGCUAUUGGUAUAUCGAAAAUGGUUUGCAAAGCAGCAAUCCCAAUGGCAAAUACUUACAGCACCCGAACCGUUACACGUAUGGGAUGCAUUGGGCAACUGGAGAGAGCGAGAAAUCCGUCAAAAUGAUGAUUCGUCCAGUACUGGGAUGAGACUCUCAAAAGUGGUCAAUAAAAACUCUUAC